CCAUAUCAAUCUCCACACUCUGAAAACCAAACUUUAGAGUCCACAGCAGCAGCAGAACUGCCAGAACCGGACCAGAACCCUUCUGGACUUUAUCUCCUGGGCUGUGGAGCGGUUCUCCCGGGGUCGUUCUGUCUGUGUUGUGGGUUUCUGUCUGUCUUCCUGUUAUUCUCACUCUCACAGCUGCUGGCUGAGCUUCUUAUGUUCCUGCUUUCAGCUCAUUACGGCUCCAGUUAUGCAGACUGAGUGACCAUGAGGCUUCUGCUGCUGCUGCUCGGCCUGUUUACUGCCAAAGUCCGGAGUGAUCAGCAGGCUGAAGCAUGUCCUCGAAAAGAGCCUCCUCCAGGCGUGCUGGCUUUGACCCUGGGUAGUGAGGUGGUGCUGGACUGCAGCGGGCACGUCUCUGUGGACGGGGUGCCUGUAGUAAUGCCUGCGAAGUGGAAGGACAGAUUUGGGGGGACACAGGGAGACACAGACGCCCUCAGGACGUCUCAGAAGGAAGUGAAAAAUACCGAUACCUCUGGGACUUUUAAUCCCACAGUCAGGAAUUCUGCUGCAACUCAGACGACCCAAAACACGAAUACCGCUGGAAUUUACAAUAAACUCCAAAGUGCUGCUGCUGAUUCUACUGUUAAACCUCCUGUAAUCACAACAGAGCAGCAGAAGAGGCCUAGCAACGAUUUCACUGUCGGACAAGUCACUCAGCCACAGAGAGUGGGCGGAGUCUCAGAAGAGGGAGGAGCUUUUAGCAUAACAAUGGAAAUGGGGAUCAGCUCUGAGCGAGGUAUCACUGCUGAGUAUGAAGACUAUGAGGAUUAUGAGGACGGGGACGAGGGUCUGCGGGUGACCAGAGCCAUUAAAAGACAGACGCGCUGGACUCGGAGCGGCCAGAGAAUUCGGAGCAUAAAGAGAGGAGGAGCUUUGAGAAUUCCUGCCCUCCAAUUGGCCGAUUCUGGGAACUACAGCUGCUAUCGAGAUGACAGACUUGUAUGGUCUGUUAACAUCAGUGUAGGAGUUCACCCAGAGAGGCCUGUGCUGUCCUGCCGCAAGAAGUUCCACAGCAGUAAGGUGCGCUGUGAGUGGAUCUCCACGCAGCCCGUUAUCCCCCGGCCUCAGUGCUACCUGCUGAUCAGGAAAAGGUUUCAGGAUCUCCCUCGUGUUUCCUGUUCGUACUCUGUGGAGCGUUCCCGCUGCUGGUGUGCCGUCUACAGUGAUUCAGACGACACGAGGAGCUUCACAGCCAGGAUGUGUGUGACCAACACGGCGGGCAGUGCCAUCAGCACCCCCCUUAAUAUCAACCCACAGGAAAUCAUUAAACCAGAUCCUCCUGCUAGGGUUGUGGUGAAACCAGUAGAAGGUCAGAUUCACACUCUGCACGUCUCAUGGUCUAACCCGUCCACCUGGAGAGACACUGAUAACUUUUACCACCUGCACUUCCAUCUCAGAUAUCGCCCUGUGCUGGCCAGACAGUUCCAGGAGGUGAGAAUAGAGGAUGGGAAGCAUAUCUGGUCGGUUUUGGACGCUCUGCCUGGAACUCUGUAUGAAGUUCAGCUCAGAGCUAAAGAUGAGUACGUGGGGAUGUGGAGUGAAUGGACAAGUCCUGUAUAUGCACACACCUGGACAGUUUCUGAGCCCACUAUUUCCUCUGACAUCUAUACCAGUCUGGAACCCUUCUGGACAUUUUCUGAAGGCUCUGGAUCUGAAACUGAUUCUAACGUGGAAGUAACCGAGUACCCGGCUAAUGAUGGUAGAGUGGUGUGGGUGCAUGUGCUGUGGGUGUUUGGGCUGUGCCUCCUCAUCACCCUCACUGUGAUCUCUAUCCUCUCCCUCAGGAACAGGUAUUUAUCCAAGGUAGAGAAGCAGAGCUGCUCUCCUCCCUGCUCCUGCUCGUCUCCUCCACUAUCCCAGCAGCCCCUCGUGGCUCCCCGUCAGCAAAGCCAGCAUCACUUCCUGUCUGAAGCGGAAGAGGAAGGGGAAGGCAUCAAUUUACAUAAUUUCGAUUACUUCUUCUCUCCUCCUGGUGACUAAACAGAGGAGACAAUGGUAGAACACUUGAUCAACAGCCAGUCAGCCAGACAGUAUUCUCUAUACAAUCUCUUCUCUCUCUCCUUUUUAUCUCUCUCUCUCUUUCUCUCUCUCCUCCUUACCUCAGGGCCCAUGUAACCCUUACAGACCAGGCAGAUGUACUGUCAUUCCAAAUUAGAUUCAGUAAAAUGUCCAGUCAGCACAAUUCUGUAUACAUUAUUAUAUUAGUAAAGAGUAAUCCAGAAUACUCCACCAAAUCCAACAGAUUAAAACAUGACUGAAUCAUCAUGCCUUAAAACUGGUCUUUAUACAGAAUGAGGAGGUUCGCAGUGUAUCAAACAAACCAUGUAACCAUGUACAGUUCUCCCUAAAAUGUGAAAAGUACAGUACAGUACAGGGUAUAUAUUAUAAUAUAUAAAUCUUCUUUAUUCAGCAAAAGGUCAUUAAGUCUUAGAAGUGAAAGGAUCUAUAAAUAUUGUCCAACAAGUUCCUUUAUGUGUCUAAAUGAUGCACAUUUAAUUAACGUUAAAGAGUCGUUCAAAAAAAAAAAUAAAGCAUAAUUUCUUUUUUUUUUAAUAAAGGAGAAAUAGUCGAUACAUGGUAUUUGAUUUAUGGAUGUAUAUUUUUGUUGAAAAUGCUCAUAUUAUGCAUAAGUGCCGUAUGUCCACAAACCCAAACCACUUACAUUAUAUUAGUUCUCCAUCCCUGGACAUUAAGGGUAGUAAACAAUUUGUAUUUAAUAAAAUAAUAUUAUCAGCUUAAUCUUUUAAAAAAAUCAUGAAUUAAAUUUAUAAAAUGUAUAAAAUGUAUGAAAGGAGCCAUUUGCUGAUUUGGCGAAGUGGGUCAGAUUAUAUAUAACUUUAAUAAAAACCUACAAUUAUAAUUUUGCAAGGGAAAUACAGCAGCUCUCCCAUUCAAAUAUUUUAAAAAUCACCAACGAUUAAAACCACAGUGGGUACUGAAGUGUUGCUAUGCAAAUCUGGCCAACUCAAGCAAAAAAUAAAAAAGCGCUGUUAUCUCUUGUACAAAUGCAGGCAUUUCCUCCCAAGCAAAAACUUAAAAAGAUGUUGUAUAUAAUCUAUAUGACAGAAUACUGUAUUUACUGUAUUUUGUAUUUUUUAUCUGAAUAAAGAGUGUUUUAUUUUUAAA